AUGUCAUCUCCCGGCGAAUCCGUUGACGACAAUCCCCCUGAAAUCGAUCCCUAUGAGAUUUUGGGACUCGAACGCGAGGCUACACCAGACCAGGUCAAGUCGGCAUAUCGAAAAGCAGCACUCAAGAACCACCCAGACAAGGUCUCCGACGACCAAAGAGAUGAAGCGAAAGAAAAGUUCCAGGAAAUCGCUUUCGCGUAUGCCAUCCUUUCCGACCCGGCGCGACGCAAGCGAUACGACACAACCGGUUCCACGUCCGAGUCCAUUAUCGACUCGGAGGGCUUUAACUGGUCUGAUUACUACCGCGAGCAAUUCCAAGAUGCGAUUUCCGCAGAAGCCAUCGAAAAGUUUGCCGAGAAAUACAAGGGCUCCGACGAGGAGAAGGACGACGUGUUGGUCGCCUAUGAAAAGGCCAAGGGCGACAUGGACGGGGUCUACGAAUCGGUCAUGUUGAGCGACGUCCUCGAGGAUGACGAACGUUUCCGCCAGAUGAUCGACGAGGCUAUUGCCAGCGAAGAUGUCCAGGCAUACAAGCGAUACACGAAGGAGAGCAAGCUGUCAAAGGCGGCUCGCGUGAAGGCAGCAAAGGGCGAGGCGAACGAGGCUGAGGAUUACGCCAAAGAGCUGGGAGUCCACGAUAAACUCUUCGGCGACAAGAAGGGCAAGGGAAAGAAGAAGGGAAAGGAUAGCGGAGAGGCCGACCUGGCUGCGCUCAUCCAGGGCAACAAGCAGAAACGCGCCGGGUUCCUGGACGAUCUCGCUGCCAAGUAUGGAGCCACUAGUCAGCCUAAGAAGGGCAAGAAGAGGGUCGUGGAGGAGGAAGAGCCGUCAGAAGAGGCAUUUCAGGCUGCAGCUGCACGGUUGAAGAAGCCCAAGGCAGAUGAGAGCAAACCUGCCAAAGCGGGAAGAAGAUCGAAGCGACUUAGCGCCACAAUGCGGGGCACUCAGCACUGCAGUCGCCAGAACAUCCCCAGGUCAACCACGAAAGGCGGUCUCUAUCCGCAGUACUGCCUGCAACUCUCCCCAACCUUCAACACAUGGUGCCUCAUGCAGACAUCCGACGUUCACGCCCUCAAAACCGUGCCCGAAUAUGAAGUCCAAAACUUCUACUUCUACAAGAAUCUGCCUAUCAAAUGGGCACGCAUCGUCGGCAUCGUUGUAGCCGUAGACGACUUCCCGAACCGGCGCAUCUACACGGUUGACGACAGUAGCGGGGCCUGCAUCGAAUGCACAGUUGCGACAAAGACACCGCCGUCCGACAAGAGCACUACCAACCCCGAAGCCAACGGGUGGUUCACCAAACGGCCGCAGCCGCAACCUCCAGCGGACUGCGUCGACGUAGAUGUCGGCACCGUCAUCGAUAUCAAGGGGGGGCUGACGAGGUUCCGCGAGGAGAUGCAGAUCAAGAUUGAAAAGGUCAAGAUCCUCCGAUCCACGGAAGACGAGGUGGCGCUGUGGGAGAAGCGCACGCGGUUCCGGAACGAUGUCCUUCUACCGCCGUGGGUGCUUAGCGAGAGGCAGAUUCGGAAGUGUAGGAAGGAAGGGAUGAGAGACGCCGAGAGCGAGGAGAGGAAGCGCAAGAAGGAGAAGAGGCGGGAGGAGAGAAAGAAGGAGGAAGACGAGAUGCGGCGCAAGACGGAGGCUGCUAAGGCGGCUGCUGCGCAGGAGAACCGGUACCGUGCCUACAAGUUGAAGAAAGGAGAUGGAUCGCGGCCGAUGAUGCAGGCCAGCCAAGUCGUAACGGCAGUCUCGACUGCAGCUGCAGCUGCACCAGUUGUAGAGGAUCGAUAUCGUGCCUACAGUUUGAAAAGGGGGCAUGCAACCCGGGAACAGCAGCCACAACGGACCACGAGGCCGGCCCCGACUCCGGCCACGGAAGACCGCUAUACAGCCUACAAGGUGAAGAAAGGAGGAGACAGUCGGCCGAUGAUUAGGUCUGAUGCUACUACUAUUGACACCGUUGCUGCCGCGGCCGUGGAAGAUCGGUACCGCGUAUACAAGGUGGGCGGGUCUGGGGCUAACAUCUUGGAGAAGAAAAGAUGA